UAAUUAUACCCGGAGUAAGGAUAUCUACAAGCUACGUAUACAUACGACCCGGGCCCCGGGACUUUCGGACAGGGUGCACGUGUCGCAGCGGACUAGAAUCAGGAAGUCACCCUCCAGGGCAAUAUAUCUACCUGUCCACUAUCCAAGCUUGAUAUAUAGAAUCUUACUUGUAAACAUGGUCAUAUAUUCAUAAUUGUAAAUCAAGUGCCGUGUACAAUAGCCGCACUUUUCCAUCGCCAUGCUGCACAUGGACAGUACAUUUUGAUGUAGUGAUUGUAAACGUGGUUUACUUAUAGCGCUGUACAGAAACUAUGAUGGCAGGUUUGAGAUAUUUUAAAACCAUACACGUAUUCCAUGUGUUGCUAUAUUGUGUUUUAUUCGGAUCUGUCGCUAUGCAUGCCGUACCAAAGGAUAACAAACUCCUUCUGUUUUUGUUGGACGGAUUUCGUUGGGAUUAUUUUGAUCGGCAGGAAAUAAACCUUCCCGGAUUCCGAAGAAUGAUGAGAGAGGGAGCCAGGGCGGAAUAUCUUCUCCCGGAUUUUCCUUCUCUCUCCUAUCCCAACUACUAUUCAAUUAUGACAGGGUUACACUGCGAGGAUCAUGGAAUGGUAGGGAAUUACAUGUUUGACACCAAACACAACGAAUCCUUCCUGAUAGGGGUUAAUAGGGACCAGUACCACGCCUACUGGUGGGAUGACGGCGAGCCGCUGUGGGUCACCGCCGAGAAACAGGGAAAACGGUCCUACUUUUACUCCUGGCCCGGAUGUGAGGUGACUAUUCGGGGAGUGGACCCGACCUACUGUAAGAAAUACCCCAUGUUGUCUUACCCGAAACUAAAGGACAUGCAGGCUGCUAUAGCCGAGGGCCUGGAACUCUUCUCCAACGGAUCCGCGGACGUUGUAGGUAUAUACGUGGAACUACCAGAUAAAUAUGGACACAAGUAUGGACCGUCAUCAGCAAAGCUGAAUCAGAAACUGGAAGAGAUUGACGCUGAAAUGGACAAGUUAUUGGACGAGCUCGAGUCACGUGAUCUUCGCGAUGACGUCAACAUCAUGAUUUUCUCCGACCACGGGAUGACAGAAGUGAGCGAGACUCGAGUCAUCAACAUUACAGAUUACGUAGAUAUAGAGGACAUCCGAGUGGUACUCGAUGCGGGUGCGAACGUCUACAUAUGGCCUAACCCCGGUAAACUAGACAAGGUGUAUAGUGAUCUAGUUGCUAUGGACAACCCAUACCUGACCGUUCUGAAGAAGGCGGACAUCCCGGACAGAUGGUAUUAUCGUAAUCAUUACCGGACGUCCCCUAUCUUACUGGUGGCCGCCAAUGGCUGGUACAUCACUACGCCGUUACUUCCUCGAUUUUUUUCCUACUUUGGUUCCGGGCCGAUGCAGGGGACACAUGGUUUUGACAACAAUGAGACUGAUAUGCAGGGUAUAUUCCUCGCCACUGGACCGGAUAUAAGCCAAAACGUGGUGGUGAAAGGGUUCGCCAACAUUCAUAUCUACCAAAUGAUGUGUGACGUCUUAGGGUUAACGCCCAAUCAAAACGACGGUCAGUGGGACGCUGUGGCGGGAGUUUUAACCCACAAGCGCAUCUCGUCAGCUACAUCCGUCGUCGUCAACGUCACCAUGGUGAUCGUAAUGGCGGUGUUCAGUCUUAUACGUCUAUCUAUUUGACCAAAGUUGUCGUUCGACCAUAUAGUCAUUACUAUACAACCAAAAGCAUUCGGGUUAUAUCGUAAAACAUGACGGAAUCACCCGAAGAUGGGAGCAGUCGGUCUUGAAAUGUUAUGACACGUUUGACCUGUACAUGGUACGUUGUUUGUGUCGAAAGCAAAAUAUAUUGAUAAAAGAAACUCUAUGGAGGUUAGAAACAUCAUUGAUACAAGUGAGCGAAUAUCCUUAAAGGGUCAUGGCGUACAGAUACCACGUCAUCAUCAGAUAUUUGUCAAUGUGACGCUUGGGAAUCCAUUGAAUAAAACAUUGUUUAUAGCCGUGUAUCAAUCGCUCGCUUGACUUAGUCACUGUCGUUUCCGAGACAAGUAUGUCUUACAUAGCACAACAUGACGUGGUUAAACUGAAUCCAGGUCAAGGUUCACGAUGUAAACGUACAUUUUAAACGGCAUCAAUAAAUAAAAAUAUCUGUACACUCGCUCAGUAUCAGUAAAAUUUGCUUAUAUAUACAUUGUAUACAUAUAUUAUUGAUAUGCUUAUGCUCAAUUUAAUUUCAAUACUUUAAUAUUUAAAACCAAUAACCUCAAUGAAUGUAAGACUGCUCAUUUAGACUCCAAAUAGAUCAUACUUAUUUAUCCCCUUUAAUACUUUUGGGGAAAUACGUGUACGUUAAAUCCACUUCGUCAUUAAUUUGUUUAUGUAUUUAAAUGUUAUUGUAUUGUAUACAAAAAUCAAUAAAUAAUCGUUUGUUAUCUA